UUCUCUUCUUCUUCUUCUUCAUUCUUCUAUUCCUCCUGUUUCCAUUCAUUCAACUCCCUCGCAAUUCGCAUCCUGUCCUCGUCCCGCAGUUCGCGCCUCAAGCCCAACACCAUAACCCAAAGGAACUCAUCGCAAUCCACAAUGGGUCUCGCCGAUACGCGCUUCAAGCUCAACACCGGAGCGGAGAUCCCAGCUCUCGGUCUCGGAACCUGGCAAUCCGCGCCCGGCGAGGUCGAGAAGGCCGUCCGGCACGCCAUCCAGGUGGGGUACCGCCACAUCGACACGGCGUUUGCGUACCAGAACGAGCACGAGGUGGGCAAGGCUAUCAACGACGCGAUCGCGGCGGGGGAAGUGAAACGCGAGGAGCUGUUCGUGACGACCAAGCUGUGGUCGACGUGGCACUACCGGGUGGCGGAGGCGCUGGACCAGAGCCUGCAGACCAUGGGGCUGGACUACAUCGACCUGUACCUGGUGCACUGGCCGGUGGCCAUGAACCCCAACGGGAACCACCCGGUCGUGCCCAAGCUCCCGGACGGCUCGCGGGACCUGCACCUCGACCACCCGCACGUCGAGACGUGGAAGAGCAUGGAGAAGCUGGUCGGCGCCGGCAAGACCAAGGCCAUCGGCGUCUGCAACUACAGCGUUCCCUAUCUGCAGGAGCUCCUGGCCCAGGCCACCGUCGUCCCCGCCGUGAACCAGAUCGAGAACCACCCGGCCCUGCCGCAACAGGAGGUCGUCGACUUCUGCAGGGAGAAGGGCAUCCACGUCACCGCGUACAGCCCGCUCGGCAGCACGGGCAGCCCCCUGUUCUCCGCCGACCCCAUCGUCGAGGUCGCCAAGAAGAAGGACGUCGCCCCCGCGACUGUUCUGCUGAGCUGGCACAUCGCGCGUGGCUCUUCGGUUCUCGCCAAGUCGGUGACUCCUUCUCGCAUCGAGGCCAACCGCCAGCUGGUCGAGCUUGACGAGUCGGAUCUGGCCACCAUCGCCAAGUACACGGACGAGCUGGCUCGGACGAAGUCCUUCAAGCGUUACGUUUUCCCGCCCUUCGGUCUGGACUUUGGGUUCCCUGACAAGGUCGCCAAUUAAGUACCACGAUGGAAUAGGCACACUCGGCAACAGUGCAGCACGUCAACUAUGGUAGAAGGGUUUAUAGAGAGAGAUAUAGAAGCCAUUUGGUUGGUUGAUCGGUUGGUUCAGAAGAAAGAACCAAGAGUGACUAGUUGUAUAUGACUCUGAUAUAUAAGACUUCUUGUAUGAUUGAAAUGAC